AUCCAAAACAUAUUCCUUUUGUCAAGGGACGACUUAAAUUCCUCCGCAGAGCCGCCAAACAACCACCGUAGGAAAAAAAAAAGAUGAGCAGCCUGAGCACAGUGGAGGCGAAGCUGCCGCCUGGAUUUAGGUUUCACCCAAGAGAUGAAGAACUGGUGUGCGACUACUUGAUGAAAUGGAUCUCGGGUUGCGCCCACCCGUUUCCUCUCUUGAUCGAAGUUGACCUUAAUAAGUGCGAGCCCUGGGAUAUUCCUGUGACUGCACGUGUGGGCGGCAAGGAAUGGUAUUUUUACUGCCAAAGGGACAGGAAAUAUGCAACCGGGCUGAGAACGAACCGGGCCACAAUAUCGGGUUAUUGGAAGGCAACCGGCAAAGACCGACACGUGAUCCGAAAAGGGAGCCUCGUUGGAAUGCGGAAGACGCUCGUAUUCUAUGUGGGUCGGGCCCCGAAAGGAAGAAAAACCGAAUGGGUCAUGCACGAGUUUCGCAUGGAAGGAACCCGUGUACCCGCCGCCCCGAAACCCGUUUCUCCCGCCAAGGAGGACUGGGUUCUGUGCAGAGUAUUCUACAAAAGCAGACAAGAAAUACCAGGAGGGAAAACACAAUUAGAAAUCACAACAGAGAACAGCUACACCUACAGCUACGACGUCGUUCCACCAUCUCUGCCGCCGUUAAUAACAGCAGCACCACCACCGUACAACAGCAUCACAUUCAACCAGACUCAUCAGUAUUACGAGCAAGUGCCCUGCUUCUCCAUUUUCAACACCACCAACCAAACAAACCCUAAUCCUAGUUUCUCUCUCAUCACCCAAAUGGCGGCCGACGACCCACCACCACCACUAACAGCACCGGAUCACGUGAUAACGCCGUCAAACUUUCCUGGCGAUCUGUACAACCCGCCGUUUGCUAUGAUGGACAACGACGACCCAGCUUCUAAUUGCUAUGAUAAGAAUGUGAUUAGAGAUGUUUUGAAACGUCUGACGAAGGUAGAAAGUGGGAUUAAUAAUGAACAAUGCAGCAUGAUUCAGGGCUCGAACUCGAGCUUCGGCGGCGAAGGAAGUUCCGACAGUUAUCUGUCUGAAGCCGAUCUCUCUUCCAUGUGGAACCAAUACUCUUGAAUUAUUAAUUAAUUAAUUAAUUACCACCUGGGAUUAAUUAAUUAUUAAUUCUGUUUGGAUAUCAGUUUAAUUUUGCCAGUUAUUCAAUAUUAUCCGUCAACUAUAUAUAGUAUGUACUUUAUAUAUAUAUAAUUUUCUGUUAUCGUUUGUGUUUGUAAUAUAUACGUACAGACGUACAUUUGGUGGCCUGUGUAGGGUUAGAAUUAAGAUUUAAAUAUAUAUGUGUAAAUUAAUUUGAUUACACAUGAUUAUUAUGUGCAUGUUUGUGAUCGAUUGCACAUUACAUGCAUCUGUAAUUUUCUUAAACCUGUUAAUUAAUUAAGCGCUCCUUCGGCUUUGAAGCGAAAUUUGAGCACAACGUAACACAUUUCGUGUGGUUAAUUAAUUAAUUGCAGACUA